GCGUGUGUGUGUGUAUAAAGUGAGCUAAACUAAAUGGAAAAGUCUCAGUUGGAUGUAGCAGUGAGAGCAAUGGGGAGAAGGAUUAAGACAUUCUUCUUUUCCCAUUUGCUGAAGCGGCUAAAACAAGGUGCUGCUUAGAACGCGUUGUGCUCCUGAAUGCCGCCCUGCAGGCAUCAUUACUGAUCCCACAAGCGGGCUUAAGCCAAAGGUAAUGAGAGUGUAAACUAGCCGCCGUGUUGCCAACAAAGGCGUCUCGGGACGCGCUCCAUUGUCUCGGAGGGAAUCGUCACCUUUCUCUCUCUCUCUCAGUUGAAACCCGCCGCGGAUUGUCUGCGUGCACCAGGAGGUAGGGAUUAAGGAUGCAGCCCCCGUGGAACAAAUGGCGAGGGCGAGUCUGCCAGUGCGGGCCGGAGGCGGGGCCGAGCGACAAGCCCACAAUUAAAGAUGAACUUUGAGUGAACUAAUUUAUCUGAGGGAGGAGAAGGUAACGGCAGCCUAUAAAAGCGUCGGGCGAGCAGCCCGGAGUCACCGUGACCGACGGACGACUUCACCCGAACCACACCGCGAACUCUCCAGCAAAAAAGGCGCCGCCGAAGCCGCUGCAACAUGGCCCUGAACACGCUGCUGGCCACCUUCCUGUGCACCAUCGUGCUGCCCAUCCUGCUGUUCCUGGUGGCGCUCAAGCUGUGGGAGGUUUACAUGAUCCGAGGCAGAGAUCCGAGCUGCCCGAAGCCGCUGCCCCCCGGAUCCAUGGGCUUACCUUUCAUUGGAGAGACGCUGCAGCUCAUCCUCCAGAGGAGAAGGUUUCUGCGCAUGAAGCGGCAGAAGUACGGUUACAUCUACCGCACGCACCUCUUCGGCAACCCCACGGUGCGCGUUACCGGAGCGGACAACGUCCGGCAGAUUCUGCUGGGGGAGCACCGGCUCGUGUCCGUGCAGUGGCCCGCGUCCGUACGCACCAUCUUGGGCUCGGACACGCUGUCCAACGUGCACGGAGCCCAGCACAAGACCAAGAAAAAGGCCAUCAUGCGGGCUUUCUCCACUGAGGCUCUGGAGCUCUACAUCCCCAUCAUCCAGGAGGAGGUGCGGGCCGCGGUAAAGGAGUGGGUGGCCAAGGACUCCUGCGUUCUGGUCUACCCGGAGAUGAAGCGGCUGAUGUUCCGCAUCGCCAUGAGGAUCCUGCUGGGCUUCGAGCCGGAGCAGAUCAAGACCGACGAGCAGCAGCUGGUGGAGGCUUUUGAGGAAAUGAUCAAGAAUCUGUUCUCUCUGCCCAUCGACGUGCCCUUCAGCGGACUGUACAGGGGUCUGAAGGCAAGGAACUUCAUCCACUCCAAGAUAGAGCAGAACAUCAAGAAGAAGAUGCAGGAGUCGGACAAGGAGUCCAAACACAGAGACGCUCUGCAGCAGCUCAUAGACAGCAGCAGGAAGAACGGGGAACCGCUCAGCAUGCAGGCCAUUAAGGAGUCUGCUACAGAGCUGUUGUUUGGGGGCCAUGAAACCACAGCCAGCACAGCCACCUCCCUGGUCAUGUUCCUGGGCCUGAACCCUGAAGUUGUGGAUAGACUGAGGCAGGAACUGAUGGAUAAGGAGGAGCAGGGGAUGGAACUCCACAGUCUGAACAUUGAGGCCUUGGAGCAGUUGAAAUACACAGGCUGUGUCAUUAAAGAGACUCUGAGGAUCAACCCUCCUGUUCCUGGAGGCUUCAGAGUGGCCCUCAAGACCUUUGAACUCAAUGGUUACCAAAUUCCCAAAGGCUGGAACGUCAUCUACAGCAUCUGUGACACCCAUGAUGUGGCAGAGAUCUUCCCCAACAAGGAAGACUUCCAGCCGGAGCGCUUCAUGACCAGACCCUCGGCCGACUCUUCCAGGUUCCAGUACAUCCCGUUUGGAGGGGGCUCCAGGAUGUGUGUGGGGAAAGAGUUUGCAAAGGUUCUGCUGAAGAUCUUCCUGGUGGAGGUGGUCACAAAGUGUCACUGGACCCUUUUAAACGGGCUACCCACCAUGAAAACGGGACCUACUGUCUAUCCCGUGGACAAUCUGCCAACCAAGUUUACCAGCUAUGUAUAAAAAUGAAAAUGAUGAUGAGGGGUCGUGUUUCCUAAAAGCAGGGAAGAGUUGAAUAGUGAGGUUUCCCAAAGGUCUCAUCUAUGUUUUGCCUCCAAAUCCACGGGGGAACUACAGUAAAAGGAAGUCAAUGGGGAGUUUUUGGGAAUUUAGAAAGUUCUAAAGCAACCGAUCAAAGGCUGCAUUUAUUCAAGAACAGAAAAUACCUUCGUAAUUCAGAUUUUUUGGACUUGGUCAAUGUGGGUUUUUCGACAUGGCAUAUAUUGUACAUAUUGUAGAUGACUUAAGAACGUACUUUACAGUUUAUAUUAUGAUGUUAAUACAUUGGAUCUGUAUACAUUUAUGUUUGUUUGAACAAACUAAACGAGAGGCACUAUACACAGAAAUGGAACACUUUAAUCAGCUCAGAGGUGUAUCCAUAGGAUUAUGUACAUAUGUAGAGUCUGUUUAUAUAACUUUUGUAUCUUACCCCAACUUAUUUAAGUGACUUAUGUUAUAUUGUAAGGGCUUUUUAUUUAAUAAAACUGUUAUGCGGAGAAUCUUGUUUUAUUUCAUUCCAAUUAAAUUGCAAUGUGAGAGUGAGCGGAAAAUAUGGAGAUGAAUCUAUUGUCCGCGUAUCAAGUACAGAGCUGGAGGAAGGUUAGCCUAACUUAGCAUAAAGACUGGGAGAGAGCUAGCCUGACUGUCACUGAUUAACACUUGUGGUGCAGAGUUAGAACAUCUCUGUAGCCUGCCCCUCCCCUAAAGUUUCAUUAACUGCUAACAUGCCGGAAUGUAGCCGACUGGUCUGGUGGCAUUAUGGGUGAUUUAGGCACCAGGAGUUGACAAGGAAGAAGAAUGCAUGGAAUAAAAAAAGGAUAUCUGGUUCUGUUGCAUCAUUUUUAUUUCAAACUGUCCAUUGUGAGUCAGAACAAUAUCAGGCAGCGCUACAUAGGUGGAGUACUUUAAAAAAAAGUCAACAAGACAUGCUGGAACUAUUUCUUCUCAAACGUGUAUCCUCUCACCCAGCACUUCUGUUCCAGCUAUAGCGCAGGUAACCAGAUAUGUUUCUUUUUACCUGUUCACCAAGAAUUCCUUUUGAAAUCACACAUUUUACAUCAUUUACACUUCUUCUGUAUAUCGAUGAAACAAACAAAGUGCAACAUGCUGAUUAUUGAUUUGUAUAGGUGUUGGUAGGGUGUGUUUAGUAUCUUUUCACUUUGGACAGAGUCAGUCUAGUUUAGCCCUGCUCCCAGUUUUUAUGCUAAGCUAGGCUAACUACGUUCUGACUCCAGCUCCAAAUGUAACACACAGACAUGUGAUAUAUCAAUCGUCUCAUCUAACUCGGACAAAUCUGAGUUAAAGUAAAAAGAAUAAGUAGCUUUACUGCAGUACUCGUGUUGAUCUGUAUGAGGUAAAGAGCAGCUCUCAUGGUUAUUUGAAAAGGUAAAGUUUGCUGAUGGCAGUUAAUGUAUUUUACUC